GAGAGAGAGGGAGGGAGAGGGGGGACACCGAGCAGGCGACAAAGGGCUGACCGACCGGCACCAUGCAGCUCAUCUGCCGGUUGCAGCUGGCAAGUAGGAAGUGUCUCCUUCCGCGAUAGAUGGCCACAAUGGAGCUCAGAUAACCCUUUCCUCUUUUCUUCACCAAUCACGGCACUGGAUCUAGUAUAACCAUGGGAAUAUGGCGUGGUCUACGAGUGGCGUUCGUCCUGGGGUCUUUGUUUAUGAUCCUGCUGAUCAUCGUCUACUGGGACGACGUUGGGGGCUUCAACCUCUACCCGCUGCGUGAGCACAAACCCCAGUCAUUUCACACUGAUUGUCGCUCCCAGGCGACUACUGGCCCUUCACGCUCUACGUCUACCAGCAGAGCCCAUACCAGACCUUCCUUCAUCGUUCCCACUACUGCCUCCAGUACAACACCGGCGGUCCCGGAGGAGACAGGAGGAGAAGCAGAGGAGGAGGAGAGGGACAAACAAGAUAAGAGGAAAGAGGAAACAAGGCAGGAUGCAGAGAAGGACAAGGGUCGCACUGCUGUGGACGAUAGAGAACAGGAGGUGAGGAAGAACAGGAUCACGGAUAUAUGUUCAGGAAAGGAGGCUGUGGAAUUCCCAGGAAGGACUCGGGCAUUUGAGCAGAUCCCCAACAGGGAACUGGAUCACCUGAUAGUAGAUGACACACACCAGAUUAUCUACUGCUACGUUCCCAAGGUGGCGUGCACCAACUGGAAGAGGGUGAUGGUGGUUCUGUCUCAGUCUCUGAUCUCGCCCUCCUCAGGAAAACCUUACACUGACCCAGAGGCUGUACCUCCCGACCUUGUACACAACUCCUCUCUCCACCUCACUUUUGCCAAGUUUUGGCGGCAUUAUGGUUCUCUGUCCCGCCACCUGAUGGCACUCAAGCUCCAGCACUACACCAAGUUUCUGUUCGUUCGAGACCCUUUUGUUCGUCUCAUCUCAGCCUUCAGGAACAAGUUUGGAAGGCCCAACGAGGACUUCUACAGGCAGUUUGGUUCAGUCAUGGUGCGUCGUUAUGGUAAUGUGUCUGGCAGUUUGCCAGAGACGGCGGCUGAAGCGUUUGCAGCAGGAGUGAAACCGACGUUUCAGCAGUUUAUCACAUACCUGCUGGAUCCGGAGACCGAGAAGGAGAGUAUCUUCAAUGAACACUGGCGGCAGGUGUACCGUCUGUGCCAUCCAUGCCAGGUGAAAUAUGACUUCAUUGGACAACUAGAAACCCUGGAAACAGAUGCGGAGCACCUGCUGAAGCUUCUGCAGGUGGAUCAUCUGCUCCGCUUCCCUUCAGGGGCCCGAAACCGCACUGCAACCAGCUGGGAAAAAGACUGGUUCACACAGAUUCCCAUAACAAUGCGGAGAGAACUGUACAAGCUGUACAAACCAGACUUUGAGCUGUUUGGCUAUCCCAAGCCUGACAGCGUGCUCCACUAGUAGACCCCUACCGAGCCAAAGGCCUGGGCACUGCACUGUGUGUAGAGCCCAUACCUCACCUACCUACGCACAGCCAGCAUAUGCCUUUUAAAGACCAAUCUGUAAUGCUGUUUCUUUUGUUUUGUGCAUACCUCAGAAGACAGAAGUGCCUGCCAGUAUUAUUUCAUUUUCAUCAUAUCAUAUCUGAAGCACACCCGCUUACGAGCUACGUUAUCCCAGUCUGUUUUCCUCAUGCAAAGGCACUUUGAAUAGUAAUUUGUGAAUAGUAUUUUGGUACAGUAAGUUAUAGGGAAAGGACUGGGACUAACUGUUGGCUGACAUUUCUCAAAGGAAAUAUGCUGCAGAUAAAUAAAGUUUUUUUGUAACUGUG